AUCGUAAUGCGAAGAUUGACACCAAGACAAAGGCAACCUGAGCGAGAGGGCAGAGCGACCAAUCAUAAAUAAACCACGCCCCCCUCGCACUAGCAGACAUGUCCCCGCGCUCGCGCCGCAGUGUCAGCACCUUCGAGCAGCACGCCGACAACUGGGGGAGCGUUGCAUGCUGGGAGUUGUAGUCCGAUCAGAGCCGUAAGGCCUGCUGGGAAUCGUGGUCUCCGCGGAUCCUGUCGAGGUGCCGUGGAUACGGCUCGCGGUGUGGCCCCGCCCCGUUCACCUCGAGUGACCAAUCGCGAGUCUCUCCUGCUGACCAGUCUCGGGGUGUCCGCGGCCGCGAGGGAGCUCUAAGAAAGACCCCAGGUGUCACCAGAGCCGCAGCACCGCGGCCGAGCGGUGUCCCUUAAACCAGGAAGCGCAACGCCCCUGAAAAUCCAGCUUUAAUAAUAAAGGUCACUAUGAAGGCUCUGUAUUGUCAGCAGAAUUCAUCUGGAGAGGAAAUUAUAUUUGUCUUCCAGGAAAGGGAAAAUCUUCCUGUUGCAAGAGACAAUGAUGUGAAAAUACAGGUUAAAGCCUGUGCUCUGAGCUGGACAGAUAUAAAGCUUUUAUCAGAAAUGAAGAUGAAGAAAGAAUUUCUACCUGUUGGGAGGGAAAUUGCUGGAGUGGUGUUGGAGGUUGGAAGCAAAGUGUCCUUCUUUCAGCCAGAUGAUGAAGUAGUAGGAAUCUUGCCCCUGGAUUCGGAAGAGUCUGGUCUCUGUGAAGUUGCUGUAAUUCAUGAGCAUUAUUUGGUUCAUAAACCAGAAAAAGUCCCUUGGGUUGAAGCGGCAGGGACCAUUCGUGAUGGCCUACGAGCAUACACAGCUCUACAUUAUCUUUCCCAUGUUUCUCCUGGAAAAACUGUACUAGUAAUGGAUGGAGCAAGUCCAUUUGGUACAAUAGCUAUUCAGUUAGCACAGCACAGAGGAGCCAAAGUAAUUUCUACAGCAUAUAGUCUUGAAGACGAGCAGUACUUGGAGAGGCUUAGACCUCCUGUGGGCAUGAGGCAACCUUUAAUUGCUCGAGUCAUUGAUGUCUCAAAUGGUAAGACUGAUGUGGCAGAAAGCUGUUUGGAGGAAACAGGCGGGCUGGGAGUGGAUAUUGUCCUAGAUGCUGGAGUGAGAUUAUACAGUAAAGAAGAUGAGUCAACAUUAAAACAGCAACUGCUGCCACACAAACAUGAUAUCAUUACACUUCUUAGUGCUGGAGGACACUGGGUAACCACAGAGAAAAACCUCCAGUUGGACCCUCCAGAUAGCCACUGCUUGUUCCUUAAGGGAGCCACAGUCUCUUUUCUGAAUGAUGAAGUAUGGAAUUUGUCAAAUGUGCAACAAGGGAAGUAUCUUUGUAUCUUAGAAGAUGUAAUGGAAAAGUUAUCAAAUAGUAUUUUCAGGCCUCAGUUGGAUGAACCAGUCCCAUUGUAUGAAGCCAAGGUUUCUAUGGAAAUAGUUCAGAAGAAUCAAGCAAGAAAAAGACAAGUCAUCCAAUUCUGAAGCACAAUUUCCUUGUUUCUAAGACUGCAAGACAGAUAUGUAAUAUAUUUGAUAAGUAAAUUGGUGUGCAACUUCAAAUAGUUCUGUAACUAGUGUCUGAAGAUAGUGUCUGGGCUGUGAAUGUUUUGGUACUGAGACUUUCAGUUUCUCUGUAUCAAAUCUAAUAGAAUGAUUCCAUCAACAACUCUAAAGAGAUACCAUUAACUUAAAAAUCACAUCUGUCUGAUUUUUUUCACUCCUAUUACUGUUAUAAGUAACAUCUAAGAUUAUUUUGGAGUUCAAGAAAAAAUAUUUUUUCUGUUUGUUCAGUUUUACUUUUUGCAUUUGCUAGCACCUGAAUAGUCUGCUUCAGUCUUUGACAUACUCUUUUUAAACAGGGAAGAGAAAAAUAUUAAAUAGGAAAAUGUAGUAGUAAAACUAGAAGAAUUGGUGGAGGGAUUCUAGGGGCAGGCACAACUUGUAACGUUUUUUUUCAAACUGAUUUGUUUUCAAGUUAAUCUUGUCCCUUUUAAGAUUUGAAUUACUGUUUUAUGACCAUAACAUCAUACUUUUAUUUAGCUAUAAAAUUAAGAUAGAUAAAUGUGAAUGAAAGAUUACACAGAUAUGAGGUCAGUCUUUUGCUUUAGUGUUCAAUUCAUGUUUAUGUUCAAUGCACUUUAUUGCACAUUGACAGGUUUCAGAGUAACAGCCGUGUUAGUCUGUAUUCGCAAAAAGAAAAGGAAUGGCCCAACUUGAUGAUCACUUUAGAUAAGCUAUUACCAGCAGGACAGUGGGGUGGGAGGAGGUAUUGUUUCAUGAUCGCUGUGUGUAUAUAAUGUCUGCUGCAGUUUCCACGGUAUGCAUCCGAUGAAGUGAGCUGUAGCUCACGAAAGCUCAUGCUCAAAUAAAUUGGUUAGUCUCUAA